ACCAACAGGACCAGAGUGGGAGUGUUGAUGGCAGUAAAUAUAUAAGGCUCUCUCAGAGAAGGAGUUGUUGGGCACCAGCAAGCUUGGAUACUGCCUGCCUGCCUGGCGGGCUGAUGCUGAGGGCCCCUAGAGACUAACCUGAUUUGUUCGGGAGGGAUGAAGGGAAUAUCUUGCCCCCAGUCCCACUGAAGCUCUCGCACUCUGUUUGUCUGGCGGCUAUCGAUACUCUUUAAGCAAUCUAUUGAUUUUUUUGCUGUUUUGUGGGAAGUUUGAGCGUAUGUUUCACUCUGGAUAUUUACUGUUUCCCAAGGUACAUGUACAAGUGAACCCCUCCUUUGAACAUUGGCACUGACUUCGUACUGACCGAAGGAUUCAUCAUUUGACAGAGUGUGGGCUGGGCUGAGGUGAUGCCGCCGGCCUGUUUACUAAGGUUAGGAAACUGACUUUGUGGCUAGUCUCUGGGUCAUCAUGUCCAGCUCCAGCCAGUUCCAGUCUGUGCUGGACAGUGGAGUGAGAAACAGCUCUCCUAAGGUGCAUGCUGACCGCAUCACACGUCGCCGCAGUCAGAGCCGACACCGUGAUGAUGAGGACGAGGAAGUGGUUGUGCCGCGUGUGUCGCAGCCAUAUCGCACCAGCCUGUCAGCUGUGGCGCCACCAGUUCGCAUGAAGAAGUCUGAACGAAGUCGCUCGGUAAGUCCAGGAGGUUCACUAAUAAGCAGCGGGAGAAGUCGCUCUAAAAGUCCAGGUAACCGGCGCUCAAGCCCCAAGCAUGUGACAUAUGAUGAACGUGUGACAGUGCGUCACUCAGACACAGAUGACAGUAUUGUGACGGACCUUUCUGGGAAAGACUCCAGUCUAGAGUUGAGUCCCCAGGAGCCAGCUAGCAAACCUAACAGUAACUAUUUGUCUGUCAAUUCUGGGGCGACAUCUGAUGAUGGCUCUAGUCACGCCUCUCAGCUCCGGCAGACAUGUCAUCAAAUCACAGACUGGUAUUCCCAAACCUCUUCCCCCUCUCAGCACAGCUCCUCCCCUGGGAGCACAAUGGACCGCCUCCAGGUGUCCAUGUCCUCUUAUCCCUCCCACUCCCCAGAUCAGAGCUCGGACUUCUUCACCAGCUCUCCUGGACGGGGGGAUUCUGGGGUGUACACGGAUGGAGAGGGGGCAGCUAAACGGGGCAAGAUCAACAUUGAGAAAGACUAUAACCAUGACCGUACCAUCAGCUACCGGAUGGCAAUAAAAGCUCAGUACUCUGAUGAGGUCAAACGAAUGGCUUCAGCCAAUAUCCAAGAGAUCUGUCCCCAGAUUACAGCAGGCUCGAGAACACCAGUCUCUCCAACCUCUGACAUUGGACCACGAACAGAACGGUCAAACACUUUACCCUCCAACACCCUCACGGAGAGUGACAGAAACCUCAGCGUCCAUAAGAAAUCAGUCAGCUCCAGUAUAGGAAAUUUCUUCAGGAAGAUUUCACCAAGAAUGUCACGAAGAGAUGGACGGCGGGAUAAAUCUGGUCGAAGUUCCUCCAGUGGCAGUGCGCAAAGUUUAGAUACCAGCGGCUCCACAGAGAGUAGCCAGUCUAUGGAACAAUCCCGGAGUAAAGGACGUAGAUCAUUCCUUAAGGUUCUGGGACGAUCGCGCUCUCGAUCACAGUCAAAGUCAUCAGGCCAUGAAGACGAUGGCCAUUUAAAUAAGUCUCCUAAAAGCACAGAAAUCCAUGGUGUGUCUGAACUUACCGUCCCAGGUAGUCAGCCCUUGCCCGAUGCCACACAUAGAAUCCUGAAAUCCAUUGAACAGAACAAGGGCAGUGAGAAAACUGUGUAUCAGAGGUUCAAGGAAAGGCAAGCGCCUGUUAAACCAGGGGACAGAACUCCCCCAGCCAAAUCUCAGGCCCUUAAGGCUUCCCCAGAAACUAGUCCCACAGCACCUGAAAACUCGUCCAAAUCUGACAGUGUGCUAAACAAGGAAAACCAGCUGAAUGACAGCCAUCCAGUGGUCUCUUCACCUGCCAUUAUCUAUCCAGAACCAGCCAAGGUUCAUCCUCCACAGUCCCUGAAUGUCAAACCGAUACAGAAGCCACCAGUGAGGAUCGUUCAGCAGUCUUACCCCAGUAUGGGCUCCUGUGACGAAUCGAUUGGCGAGUGUUCUCUGGACAUCAAUUUAGAAGGAGGAGAGCCAGCCUUGUUGAAUAGCAGUGGUCAGGCGUCUGUGUCGGGAUCUAAACAGGUGAUACUGAGUCAGGACAACUUGCUGGACCUGUGUCCAAGUAACACCUCAUCAAAGGGAUAUCGGGAUUCUGCACCCCAGAGGUUCUCUCCCCCACCCACAGACAUGCAGCUCUCUCAUGGAGCUCCCCUGGUCGGCCUAGAGAACGGUGCCUUGUCAAAACACUCCAGUGGAGGCUCUAACAUGCCAAGAUUGUCCAAUUCCUGUGAAAUAUCUCCACGCGAUGUGAACAAAAUGCCGUCAUAUUUAAAACUUAGUUGUGCUGUGAGUGGGUAUGGCAGGUAUAGUUCAUACUCCUCUCGGAAAGACAUCAAUUUGUCGUCACCAGGCGCGAGUGUGUCGUCCGUGCACUCAGACAGCUCCAGUCCGGACAGCCUGCCGUCUUCGCAUGUGACCAGGACAGGCAGCUUACCAGUGAAUUUCAACAAAUCUCACCUGGCUGUGGUGAAGCCAGCAGGACAGGUGAAUGGACAGAUAAGUGGUGUUAUACCUAAUGGUCAUGCUGGUGUUUACCCCACAGGAGAUGUGUAUAAGGAUGGCCAGUACUACUUGGACCUGUGUCAGACAGAAGAGGAGAGACUACUAGUGCUGUGUGGACAGGCCAAGGGUGACAUGGGGGAGACUGCUCUACCAGAGGAAGCUAAUGGAAGGAUACGUGCUGCUAUUGGCAAAACAAAUUUGUUGAUAUCGAAAAAAUUCAAACAGUUUCGAGGUUUAUGCCAUAAGCAUAUGAAACCUGAUGGAGCUGAACGACCAACGAAGUGGGAAGAUUUACAAGGGUUCUGGGACAUGGUCAAACUCCAAAUAGAUGACCUUGAUGAACUGUUUGCAGAAAUAGCAUUUAUGAGGCAAAAUGAAUGGAAAGAUAUUCCAAUACGGGUACAGUCGACCCGAAGCUCUGCCAAUUCUAGUCCUAAGUCUGCCAGUCUCUCAUUAAGCAGUACUCCCUCACAGACCCCGGGCCACACGCCCUCACAGACACCGGGGCACACCCCCGGCCACACCCCAGCUGCUCGAAGAAAACCUGUGAACCUUAAAGAUACUCCCGACUCCUCACCAGAGAAAAGCCUUAAAGCCAAACAGACUGCCAAGGCUCGAGAAGACGCUCGUAAACGGUUAUUAGCAGAAAAGCGUGCUGCAAUGAAGCAACAGAGACUUAAAGCACAGGAAAACCUUAAUCCCCAAGAAGUUGAGAUAUUCUUAGCUGACACCAGUAAAAAAUAGAAGCCUUAAAGUUGGUUUGGAACAAAACUGUUGGCCUUUGAACAAAUGAACUCCCUUUGAAGGUGUAGGGUAAUCAUCAUGUCACUAGAGGGUGCUGUAUGCUGUGUUGCAGCUACAGAAGUCUCUGAGAGACUUUCUUGAGAAGUGUUUGAAUAGUGGGGAGAUAUCAAAAACAUGGAACAAACUUUCUAAGAUUUAUUUUUGUGUAUAAAUAAAUGUAUGGACACCUGCCAUGUUUGCAAGAUAUUGAGAUGGAGAUGCCAAAAUGUUGAGGUGCUUGCCAAAGUGACUUGUGGGAUGUGUUAUUAGUAUGAAGUAGGCCUCGGGUGCCUGUGGCUACUUGUGAUACCAUGUGUUCAGAUCUGAAUGCUGCAGCUGCGCAGUUUAUGUGACGGACUUAAACUUGAUCAACAGUGAAGAAUUUUAAGGAGAUUGUUUUGCCAUUUUCGGACCAGCCUGAAGGAUUUGUUACACUUUUGAAGUUUAAAGUUUACAUUGUCUAUUUAUGUACACAUACUAUACAUGCAAUAUGGAUAAUUUAUACAGGAAAUAUUCAUAACACUGCCAAUCAAAUGGCAGCCUCUAAUUCAACUAUCACCUUUAGCCCCAAAAAUUAAAAAAUAGGAAAAAGAUUUUAUUAUUUUUUAUAUGAAAAUAUUGUCCUACCUACACUCAGUUUUAGUCAUUGUAGUCAGGUACAAAAUAUUUGUAUCAAUUCAACACAGUUCCUGGUAAUGAUUUCAAAUUAAACAAAUACGAGUACAUUGUAUGUUCAAAAGCAGAUCAUAUGGAACAAGGGAAAGUGGCAACUCAUGUAUGUGUCAAUACAAGUUACAGUUCUGGCACAGGAACAGUUUUAAAACAGAGAGUGCAACCUGAACAAAUGAGUGAUGUUCAUCAGGGCGAUCGCUACAUUAGUUAUCUGUACUGAUACUAAUGCUUUUGCCAGGACAUUCCUUUGUUCAAGUGGAAGACAGUGAAGACAAUCUCAGAUUUUGUGGUGUUGAGGGAACAACCUCCUUUCUAGGUUUUUUCGUCUAGUUCUGUCAGGGAUAAUCUUUCUUCCAUCUCAUUGAAUACUCUGAAAGGAGGUUGUGGCUCCUCUGUACAGGGCGUUACGUCUGCAAGUGCUGUUACGUGAUGUAACAUGCUGUUUUUACACGAAAAAAGCACAAGGAUAACGACAUGCAAUUUUAUUCCGAAUUUAUAACAUUGCUUUUUAUUAAACUGUAAAUGAAUUCCAUACAGCACAAUAAGUUUACAAAUUGUAGUAUACAUGUAAAGAGCAUUCAGAAUUGCAGCAACUAAGCUUGUAAAAAAUGUACCAAUUUGUUAUUUAUCUGUAAUUAUUGAAAUACCUGUACUAAGCAGAAAUAACCUGAUUUUUACUACAAUAUAAAGUAAAGUAAUGUGCAGCAUGUAAAUGUGAAUAGUUUAUGUAACAGUUCCAGUUUCCAUUCAUGGCAAGGUGAAAUGUAGAUUGAAACCAUAUGUAAGACUGGUAUUUUUAUCCUGUGGUGGAAUGUGAUCUGUGAAUUUUCAACUGUAAAAAGACCUUUUAAAUAAUUUGAUUUUUUCAUUUUGGGUUCAUGCCGUGGUCCAUAGUCAGUUUUUCUAAGAUAAUAAUAUCUGCAACCUGUUCAUUACUGCCAUAAAAUAAUGAAAAGUUAAUAAUGUAACUCAUGAAAAUCUCAUUAAAGAUUUUUAUCAUUUAAGAAACAUUCAAAGGGUGUUAUCCGGGGCGGUGGGAUUUUAUCCAUUAGUUAGACUACCAUUGUUAAAACUGGUGUUCUGAUGUAACACUGGGUCACAAUUGUACCUUGGGGCUGAAGUCUGUGAUCAGGUUUAGCAGAGAUUCUUGGCUUGGUAAAGCUGUGCCAUAAGUCUUCUUAGCUUUUGCUUAUUCACAAGUUCUUAAGCUGCUUUUGAUUAUGUCAUAAAGCUUAGAAAACCAUUGAAAUGUUUAAGUUGGCAAAAACUUGGUCAAGUCUUGUACUGGUGAGAAUAGUUUCUCAUGUUUGUGCACAGAGAUGGAUUGUUAGAAUAACAGUGUACAGUUAAUGAACAAUGCUUGUGAAAAAAAACAGAAGAUUAAUUGGAAUUGUAAGGAGGUUGGGACGCAAUCUUCUUCCAGAAGUAAGGGGAUGAAUCAUUGGCGGUUACAUUAAUGAAACGUAGUUGUUCUACUCAAAUUAAGGCGUGCGAUGCAGAACCAUUUCAAACAUCCAUUCAUAUUUUAUUCUGGUCAUGUAUGAUACUUGUUUGCUACAAAUAUCUUAAAUGUGUAUUUGUUAAGGACAUAAAUACAGAACUUGUGAAAAACAGUUUGUUUGUCGUUGUUAUUUUGUUUAGAAAAUAAAUCCAAUUUUCCCCCCAAAUUGCAGGAAGACUGAACAUUUGCUGG